CAAAACUCAAAUUGACUACAAAAUAGAACAAUUUCGAAUCGAAAUACGAAUUACUCAUUAAAGCAUAAUGUUUACACAGUUAAAUAUUUAGGGAUCUCAAUUCUCAAUAACGUUGAACAAUUCAGUGUUCAGGAAAAAUGUGCCCAAUAACGAACAUAAAAGCUUUAAGAAACGCAAAUUGUGCAUAGCACAUCAAAUCCAUCAAAUAUACAAUGGAGGUUCGAUCUUCCUACUAAAAAUUUUCUUUUAAUCAAGUCAUUUUUAUUAAGUUGACGAUGACCAUUUGUCCAUUUCCAUAAAAAUUGAAAAAGAAAAAGACAAAUGCACAAUACUAAAAUAGUGAGAUUCCAGCUGACGGGGGACCUAGCUGUUGCCAAAAGAGAAAAGACGAACUACGAAAACGAACUGCUGAAUUUUAAAAAUCAACCUUGGCGGGAAAUAUUUUCGUGAUAGUUUUCAAUGUGAAUAGCAGAUGGCGAGACCACUUUUGGUAAACAAACUAGCAGAAGACGACGCUUCGUUCACUAAUCAUUAGUACUUCACAUUUCUUGUUAGGACUGACGAUAGUGUUAAGUGUGGUGAUAAGUAUAACAGAAUAUCUACCUUAGCUCAGAAUCUACUUUAGCUUUAAUGAACUCUGCAUAAUACUGCAAACCUUGAUUAGCCAUUCUAAUGUCAGCAGAAAUUUCUGAAACCAAAAGUUGGACAGAUGACCUACCCGUUUGCUUCUACACAGGUGUGGGGUUAUCAACAAAUCAGAUCUAUAAAGAAGAUGGCUAUAGAAGAGAGGCCUGUGAAUGUGAAGAUAGAAGUUUCCACUUCAAAAUUGAUGAUCACACAUUCCUGUAUGGAGUAUUCAAUGGGAAAGAUGGAUCUUCUGUUGCAGAUUUUGCAGCACAGCGCAUGCCUGCAGAAAUCCUUCUUGGGCAGCUCAAUGAUAAAACCAGCCCAGAAGCUGUGAAAGAAGUUUUAAAUGAAGCUUUCCUAGCAGUAGAGCGCAGCUAUUUCGAAUCAAUUGAUGACUUACUGGCUGAGAGAGCAAAUCUUUUAUGUGAAUUACCUGAAGGAAUCAAAUCAUAUGAUGCAUACCAACAAUUUCCGGAUAUUGUGAAUCGACUAAGAGCUGCUAAUGUUCGGUUGUCUGCUAGUGCCUCAGCUGCAGUUGCGUUAAUCUUUAAUGGUCACUUGUAUGUCGCUAAUGUUGGAGACUGCCGAGCUUUAUUAUGUAAAAUAGACGCAGAAGGAGUUUUGAGAGUAAUGCAACUAACGGUAGAUCAUGACUUGACCAACGAUGACGAAGUGCUCCGUCUGUCGCAUAUGGGACUUGAAGUGGAAAAACUUCAAAAUUUGCCGGGAAAAGGAAGUCAUUUAACGACUCGUUGCUUGGGAAAUUAUACUGUUAAAGGAGGCUACAAAGAUUUCGAUCUCUUCAGUGCAGCUAAAGCGGAACCUGUUAUUGCUGAUGCUGAAAUCAUAGGACCUAUUAACCUGGAUGAGUCUUGCAGGUUUUUACUGUUAACGACUCAAGGAUUGUACGGAGCGUUAGAAGAAGCGACAAAUAGCGAACAGGCUAACAAAGAAAUUGCUCAGAUUGUUGUGGAACAAUUUGGAUCCCAAAGCACUAUAACGGGUGUAGCUCAAGGUGUUGUCGAUCGAAUCGCACGUAUUCAUCACGAUCAUUAUAUGGAAGACCCAAAUCAUGUCACUUGCUGUCAACGAGAUGACAUAACAUUACUGAUUCGAAAUUUCAACUUUCAACUGUCUGCUCCACUGAGUGCAAGUAGCACACUACGUAGUUAUAAUACUUCCCUCAAUGCAUACAGCAAUGAUUCCUCAACGAUGGGAUUGAAAUUUGACACUCAGCUAAACACACUGUCUUCUACAGUUGGCAAUAGUAUUAGUGAAACACUUACUGAGGCUUCUAUUACAUCUUCAACAGAGAGUUCAGAGCAAAUCAAGUCAAAUCAAUCUCAGAAUAUGCUCCUUGAUGAAGAUGGGAGGAUUGGUCCCUACGUGGAUUUCACCAGCUUUUAUCAAGCUGUCAGAAAAGCAAAAGAUGAAGGCACGAUUCCUGAGGAUGCGAUAUACUAAUUUAUAAGUGUUUGGCUUAUAAUACUGAUAUGUACAGGCGAAAUUAACCCAAUAAAAUUAAGUUCAGAUUUA